AACUGGAGCGGAAGCAUAGUUCAGCGUGGCAGGGAUCACUUUUGCAACGCAAGGUGACAGUAAAGUACGUCCGAGUUCUGCUGGAAGAUUAAAUUCAAGGUGGGAUAACAUGGCAACACUGAGCUACUACGUUGUUCUCGUUUGCUUCGUGGCAACAACAUCGUUUGCGAGUCUUUGUCCUGGAAAUGGAACAUAUGAAGCGUUGGACCCAACAAAGCUGAGCAAAAUGAGUUAUCCCUUAUACGACGUGAUUGAUAUACCUGCUGCGAUAAGUCAUGUUGAUUGCUGGGAUCUCAAGGAGAUUACUGGAAACAAUGAUGAAAUUGUUCUCACAUUUACUCAACAAGUGGAAGGUCGUCCAGCAGAAGACUCGUUCGACGUGGAUGUAUAUUUUGUACAUAAUGGAGACGGAACGUAUAAGGUCAAUCCUAAAAACAAACAAGAAGUGAUAGAAACUUCUCAAGAAUCUGUGAAACACAAAGCCGAUGAAAAAAUGCUGCAAGAAGUAGAAGAUGCUCUUCAUAAAAUAUAUGCAUCGACUUAUUUCUUCCUGACUGAUUACAAUAAAUAUUUCAUCUUGAGUACAUGUGCUCCAGGAAAUCGUCUAAUCGGACUUGUGAAGCACAUAAGAAUGCGUCCUAGCGGUAAAGACGUUGUGGAUAUUUGGAACGAAUAUGCGAAAUAUGGCGAAUCUACAACAGCAGAAUGGGAAGAAUAUUGUACAAGCAGGAGAGAAACAAAGAAGAGCAUUGGGCAAAAAUGAUCUGGUCGUUUAGACCAUGUUUAAUUUAUAUUAGAGUUAUAUGGAUUCCAGUUAUUGAACGUUUCUCAAUGUUUCAUUCACUUCGUAUUCAAGUGAUGUGAAAUACAUGAUAAAAGCAUAUUACACUUGCGAUAUAUAUAGUAUGUUCAAAUCAGAUUUAUGUUUCGGGGAGGCCCCGAGUCGGAAACGAGUCUUGUUUUUCAAUAAUUCGAUUUAUUUUUUUUUAAAAACGCUUGUUUAACCUUCCGUGAGCCAUCGAGAUACCAUAUUGAGCCAUCGACGACUCGGCUUGACCGUCACUUGAUCGGACUCGCGCCUCGUCAUUCAGAGGACUUCUACCCAACACUGGCAUAUAGGUAAUGAGCACAAAACAAACUUAGUAGGAGAAAUGUACGUAGCGCAAAGAAUAGUAACCUCAUGCCUACAGAUACUGAAAAUAAAGGAUGCCUGUUCAUUAAUGUUGGGUUUAACUACGGACAGUGACUAUUGGUAUACAGUAUCGGUUCACGAGUUUGGGACAAAACCUUUACCAGUUACAAAUGGGACAGGCAAUAAAUCAACGACUAAAUUUGAGUGAUUUCGGUGCGGCCUACGAUACACACGAAUAGUAUGUUCUAUCUGAUAAACACUCACGUUUAUUCUCGAAAAGUGUAAUAUCCAACAGCUGUACCAGGUUAGGGUUAUAGGCUAUGAUUGUAUUCCGAUUUUCCUUAUUUUAGUUCUAUUACGAAAUCGGGGACUGUCUGUGUUAGCAAAGUGGAUAUACCCUCUGCUCAUAACUUCCGUCUCUUUACACAACUUGAUGUAAAGUAGGCGAUCAAAAUUAGUUACCAACAUAUUGGUUAAACACUUCUGAAGCGCCCAAAUUUUUAUUAAAAAACGUUGUUAGCAGUUAUUCAUUCAUCUUAUCCGCUUAUAUGAUGAGUUUUCCUUUAUACGACGUGAUUGAUAUACCUGCUGCGAAAAGUCUUGUGGAUUGCUGGAAUGUCAAGCAGAUUACUGGAAACAAGGUUGGAUUUGUUGUCACAUAUACUCAACAAGUGGAAGGGUAAGGUUUUUUACUGAGGCACUUGAAAAUUUGGUUGUUUCGUUUCUGAUAUUGUUGUUUGUCUUUAUAUAGUUUCAGACAAAAUAGUAAUAAUCUCAUAUUUCAAACUUCUUCCGUGCACACCAGGACAUUUUGAGUACAUAUUUGUGAUAAGUCACCGCUCGUCUCAAACCUUUGCCAAACCCAUACUCUCAAAGUAUUUGGAGUCUGAAUUCUCAAAACCGCGCCUGACCAAGUUAGCCCCAAACUUACGUUUGAUAUUGUUUGUAAGUCGUCCAGCAGAAGACUCGCUCGACUUCAAUUUAUAUUUUGUACAUAAUGGAGAC